AUGGAACGUGACUAUUUUCCUAUUUCAGACACAGAAAAAGAAGAAUUAGAUAAACUAGGAAUAACUUAUAGGUGGAGAGAUAGCUGUUUGCCACAGAAAAAAGAAGAAAAACUAUGUAAAAUGCAGCACAAUUUAUUUUGGUUUUAUUAUUGUAAAGAACAGAUUAGUGCGUGAAAGAAUUGUGAAGCAGAUAGAGAAAGAGAAAUAAUGAAGAUCCAAAAUUUUAGUCUUCCGCCAAUUGAAAAGAGAAAGCUAUUUAAUUAA